AUGUCGAACGAUAUUCCUAUUGACUUUACUGAAUUGACUCAGUUGACUCAAUUGGGAAUCCCACAAACUUCUUUGGAUUUCAAAUCAACAACUUUGGAAUCUGAUCACUACAUAUGUGUACGUGAAUCUGGAGCUCAAGGAAACACCGUGGCAAUUGUCAAUUUGAAAAAUAACAAUGAAGUGACUAGAAAAAAUAUGACAGCUGAUAAUGCCAUUAUGCACCCUAAGGAAUUUGUCAUUUCAUUGAGAGCAAAUGGUACCACUUUACAAAUUUUCAAUUUGGGAUCAAAACAAAGAUUGAAGGCUUUCACUAUGGAUCAACCAGUGAUAUUUUGGAAAUGGCUUGAUGAUACCCAUUUAGGGUUAGUGACACAAUCAUCAAUUUAUUAUUGGAAUGUUUUUGAUGGAACCAACAAUGGACCAACCAAAUUGACUGACAGACACCACACAUUGAACAAUUGUCAAAUCAUAAAUUUUGUUGCUGAGCCUGAUUUAAAUUGGUUUGCCGUUACUGGUAUCGCCCAGGAAGAAGGUCGUAUUGCUGGUCACAUCCAAUUAUACUCAAAGUCGAGAAAUGUUUCACAAGCCAUUGAAGGUCAUGUAUGUAAAUUUGCUUCUAUAUCUUUAUCUGGCGGCGUUCAACCAACUAAAGUUUUCUGCGUUGGUAACAAGAAUGCUCAAGGUCAAGGUAAUAUGCACAUUAUUGAAAUUGAUCAUGUUGAUGGCAAUCCCCAAUUUCAAAAGAAAGUGGUUGACAUUUUCUUCCCACCUGAUGCUUCCAAUGAUUUCCCAAUCAGUUUACAAGCUUCUAACAAAUACGGUAUUGUUUAUGUAUUGACCAAAUACGGGUUCAUUCACUUGUAUGAUAUGGAAACUGGGGCCAACUUGUUUGUCAACAGAAUAACUGCUGAUCCAGUAUUCACUGCUUCUAGUUAUAACGAUGGCACUGGUUUGAUAACUAUCAACAAGGCAGGUCAAGUUUUAAGUGUUGAAGUUUCCCGCGACAAGAUCAUUCCUUAUGUAUUGGAUAAAUUAUCAAAUGUUCCAUUGGCUUUGGCAUUAUCAUCUCGUGGUGGUUUCCCUGGAGCUGAAAACUUGUUCCAACAACAAUUCCAAACUUAUUUGAACCAAGGCGAUUACAGCAAUGCAGCUAAAGUUGCAGCCUCAUCCGAACAAUUACGUACUCAGGACACCAUCAACAAAUUGAAGAAUAUUACUCCUCAACCAGGCCAAAUAUCACCAAUUUUGCAAUAUUUCUCCACUUUGUUGGAUAGAGGAACUUUGAACAAAUUUGAAUCGAUUGAAUUGGCCAAACCAGUCUUACAACAAGAUCGUAAACCAUUGUUUGAAAAAUGGUUGAAAGAAGACAAAUUGACAUCUUCAGAAGAAUUGGGUGAUAUAGUCAAGUCUUACAAUGAUACAACUUUGGCACUUGCUGUGUAUAUUAGAGCCAAUGUAAAUAUCAAAGUGGUUUCUUGUUUGGCUGAAUUGGGUCAAUUUGACAAAAUUUUACCAUACUGUCAAAAAGUUGGUUACAAUCCAGAUUACACCAAUUUGAUUCAAAACUUGGUUAGAGUCAAUCCAGAUAAGGCCAGCGAAUUUGCCACUUCCUUAUUAUCCAGUCCCGAUGCUAACUUAAAUGUUGAACAAAUUUCUGACUUGUUCUUUUCACAAAACUACAUUCAACAAGGUACUGCAUUCUUGUUGGAUGCUUUGAAAAACGACACUCCAGCUGAAGGUCACUUGCAAACCAAAGUUUUGGAAAUCAACUUGUUACAUGCACCUCAAGUUGCUGACGCCAUUUUGGGCAAUCAUAUGUUCAGCCAUUAUGAUAAACCAACUAUUGGUAAAUUAUGUGAGAAAUCAGGAUUAUUCCAAAGAGCUUUGGAACAUUACGACGAUUUGAAGGAUAUCAAGAGAGUUAUUGUACACACCAAUGUUUUACCAAGCGAUUGGUUAGUUUCUUAUUUUGGCCAAUUGAAUGUUGAUCAAUCUGUUGCUUGUAUCAAAGAGUUAUUGAGUAACAAUAUGCAACAAAACUUGCAAGUGGUUAUUCAAGUGGCUACCAAAUACUCAGACUUGAUUGGUGCCGCCAAAUUGAUUAAAAUUUUUGAAGAGUACAAGUGUACUGAAGGAUUGUACUAUUAUUUGAGUUCAAUUGUUAAUUUGACCCAGGACCCAGAUGUCGUUUUCAAAUAUAUCCAAGCUGCAGCUAGAAUGAAUCAAACCAAGGAAAUCGAAAGAGUGGUUAGAGACAACAAUGUUUAUAAUGGUGAAAAAGUGAAGAACUUUUUGAAGGAAUUCAAAUUGGAUGAUCAAUUACCUUUAAUCAUUGUUUGUGAUAGAUUCAACUUUGUUCAUGAUUUGAUUUUGUAUUUGUACAAAAAUCAAUACUUCAAGUUUAUUGAAGUUUAUGUUCAAUCAGUUAAUCCUGCCAAUACUCCACAAGUUGUUGCAGGUUUAUUGGAUGUUGAUUGUGACGAAAACAUCAUUAAAGGCUUGUUAAUGUCUGUUUUGGGUAGAGUUCCAAUCAAGGAAUUGGUUGAAGAAGUAGAAAAGAGAAACAGAUUGAAAAUCUUGUUACCAUUCUUGGAAAAAACAUUAGAAGGUGGAUCUAACGAUCAAGAAGUAUACAACACUUUAGCUAAAAUCUACAUUGAUUCCAACAAUUCACCAGAAAAGUUUUUGCAAGAAAACAACAAUUACGAUACAUUGGUUGUUGGUAAAUACUGUGAAAAAAGAGACCCAUAUUUGGCUUACAUUUCUUAUUCUAAAGGUGGCAACGAUGAUCAAUUGAUCUCUAUUACCAAUGAAAAUAAAAUGUACAAGUACCAAGCUAGAUAUUUGUUAUCCAAAUCUGACAUUGAGUUAUGGAACAAAGUGUUAAGCUCCGACAAUAUCCACAGAAGACAAUUGGUUGAUCAAGUCAUUUCCACUGGUAUUCCAGAAUUGGAUGACCCAGAACCAAUCUCAAUCACUGUUAAGGCAUUUAUGGAAAAUGAUUUACCAGAAGAGUUGAUGGAAUUAUUAGAAAAGAUUAUUUUGGAACCAUCUCCAUUCAGUGAAAAUGCAUCAUUACAAGGAUUAAUGAUUUUGACUGCUAUCAAAGCUGAUUCAUCCAAAGUUUCAAGCUAUAUUGAGAAAUUAGACAAAUUUGACCCUAAUGAAAUUGCUCCAUUAUGUAUUGACAAUGGAUUGAAUGAAGAAGCAUUUGAAGUUUACGACAAGUUUGAAUUGAGAUCAGAAGCUAUGAAGGUUUUGGUUGAAGAUAUUGUUUCAUUAGACAGAGCUGAGCAAUAUGCUGAAAAAUACGACACCCCUGAAUUAUGGUACCAAUUGGGUACUGCACAAUUGGAUGGUUUGCGUAUUCCAGAGGCAAUUGAUUCCUAUGUUAAAUCUAAAAACCCAGAGAAUUUCGCUCAAGUGAUUGAAAUUGCUGAACAUGCUGGAAAGGAAGAAGAAUUGAUUACUUUCUUGGAUAUGGCAAGGGAAACAUUAAGAGAGCCAGUUGUUGAUGGAGCCCUUAUUAAUGCCUAUGCCACUUUGGACAGAUUGAGUGAUAUGGAGAAGUUUGUUGGUGGCUCCAAUGUUGCUGAUUUGGAAGCUAUUGGUGACAAGUUGUUUGAAGCCAAGAAUUAUAAAGCUGCUAAAGUUUUGUAUUCCAAUGUUUCUAAAUAUGCCAAAUUAGCUACUACUUUGGUGUAUUUGGGUGAUUACCAAGGUGCUGUUGAUUGUGCUAGAAAAGCUUCUAACACUCAAGUUUGGAAACAAGUUAACAGUGCUUGUAUUGAAAACAAAGAAUUCAGAUUGGCUCAAAUUUGUGGUUUGAAUUUGAUUAUUGAUGCUGAGGAAUUACCUGAAUUGGUCAAGACUUAUGAAUACAAUGGUUAUUUCAAUGAAUUAAUUGCGCUUUUCGAGAAUGGGUUGAGUUUGGAAAGAGCUCACAUGGGUAUGUUUACUGAAUUAGCCAUCUUAUAUGCUAAAUACUCCCCAGAAAAAGUUAUGGAACAUUUGAAAUUAUUCUGGUCUAGAAUCAAUAUUCCAAAAGUUUUGACUGCAUGUGAAGAUGCACACUUGUACCCAGAAUUGAUCUUUUUGUACUGUCAUUACGAAGAAUGGGAUAAUGCUGCAUUGACAAUGAUUGAAAAAUCAGAAGUUGCAUUUGACCAUUCUUCUUUCAAAGAAAUCAUUGUUAAGGCACCAAACUUGGAAAUUCAUUACAAGGCUAUUCAAUUCUACAUGAAUGAAAACCCAUCAUUGUUAGUUGAUUUAUUGAAAGUGUUAACACCAAAAUUAGAUUUACCAAGAGUUGUUAGAAUGUUUGUUCAAAGUGACAACUUGCCAAUGAUCAAACCAUUUUUGAUUUCUGUUUUGGAUAAGAACAACUCUGUUGUUAAUUCUGCUUACCACGAUUUGUUAAUUGAAGAAGAAGAUUAUAAAUCUUUAAGAUCAUCUAUUGAAAAUGAAAGCAACAAUAGAUUCAAUAAAUUGGAUUUGGCCGAAAGAUUAGAAAAGCAUGAUUUGAUUUUCUUCAGACAGAUUGCUGCUACUUUAUACACCAAAGAAAAGAAAUUCAAUAGAGCCAUUUCAAUUUUGAAAACUGAUAAAUUAUGGCCCGAUUUAUUGAGAACAGUUGCUGCUUCCAAAUCUAAAAAGAUUGCUCAUGAAUUAUUGGAUUACUUUGUUGAAACAGGUAAUCAUGAAUGUUUUGUUGCCUUGUUGUAUACUUCCUAUGAAUUUAUUGCUAAUGAUUACGUGGUGGAAUUAUCAUGGUUGCACAACUUGUCCAACUUUAUCAAACCAUAUGAAAUUUCCAUUGCUUAUGAAAAUCAAAAGAAAUUGAAUGAAGUAUAUCAAGAUUUACAAAAGAGAAAAGAAUCAGAAAGACAACAAGAAGAAGAACCAGGUGUUGGCCAACCAUUGAUGCUUACUAAUGGACCAAUGAGUUAUCAAGGUACUGGUGCCACUGGAAUAGGUUAUCAACCAACUGGUGCUGGGUUUGGUAAUGCAUUCUAA